GUAAUUGAAUGGCAUAUGAAGAUGGAGGAACUCCAUCUGCAGGAACUUAAACUCAAUCGAGAGUUAGUCAAGCAAAAGGAAGAGGUGAAGUAUUUACGUAAUAUAAUUUCUGAAUAUGAACGUACAAUCAAUAAUCUGGAGGAAGAAAUUGUACAGCAGAACAAGUUUCAUGAAGAAAGGCAAAUGGCUUGGGACCAGAGGGAAGUAGAACUGCAGCGCCAAUUAGACCUGUAUGAUCAUCAACAAAAUGAAAUAUUUAGUACAGCUCUAAAGUUAGAAGAGGCUACAGGAUCAGUUCCAGACCCUAGUUUGCCACUCCCACAACAACUUGAGUUGGCUUUGAGAAAGAUUCAGGAGCAUAUUCGAACAAUCCUGGAAACUAGAACAACCUGCAAAUCACUGGAGGAGAAAUUAAAAGAAAAGGAAACUGCUCUGUGGAAAGCUGAACAAAAUGUUUUAUCAAGAGACAAAGUUAUAAAUGAACUAAGACUUCAAUUACCUGCAACAUCAGAAAGAGAGAAAAUAAUGGCUGAAUUAAGCAAACAAGAAGAUGAUCCAGAGUACCAUCGUGCCGUAAAAAUUGCUCAUCAAACCAUCACAAAUAUGCAAGCAAGAUUAAAUCAAAAGGAGGAAGUGUUAAAAAAAUACCAACAUUUGCUUGCUAAAGCAAGAGAGGAACAAGAGGAAAUGGCAAAUAAGCAUGAGGAAGACCUUAGAGUUCUACACCAGAAGUUAAAUUUGCAUACUGACAAUUCCCUUAAUAAAUUCAAACAGACUGCUUUGGAGUUAGUGAAAAAGACUUCUUUAUCACUUUCCAACAACAAAUAUUUUCUCCACUUGGCUGAAAUGGAGCAAACUGUAGCAGAACAGGAUAAUUCUCUUGCUUCACUUGUUGGAAAAUUAAAGAAAACAUCAUCUGAUUUGGAGAAACAAAAACAAAUUACUUUAAUGAAAAUCAAAGAGUUUGAGACUGUCAGAGCCCAGCUUCAAGAAAAGCACACGGUUGAUGUGGAACAACUGAAAGAUGAAGCAAAUGAAUUGAGGAACAUGUUAUCUCAGAUGGAGAAGGAGUUAGCAAAUGUAAAAGCUGAACUAGAGGUUCAAAAAGAAGCAAAUAAUAGAGCACCCACAGCAACACUGAAAAACCUGGUGGAACACCUGAAGAGCCAGUUAGCCAUAAAAGAGAAGCAACAGAAAGCUUUGAGUAAAGCACUUCUAGAACUCCGAGCAGAAAUGACUGCUAAUGCUGAACAGCAGAUUAUUUCUGCUGCAUCACAAAAAGAGGCAUAUAUGAAUGUCCAGGAGAUUGUUGACAGACAAACAAAGGAGCUUAUGACACAGAUAGAGGAAUUAAAUAAUCAGAUCACAAAACUUACAUAUAACCUAAAAAUAAGUAAAACCAGGGAAAGUUCUUUGUCUGAUGAAAGGAAUGAAUUGAACCAAGAACUUCAGAGGAAAGAAAAAGCAUUUGCUAAAAUGUUAAGAGAAAAAAAUGAAAUCGAGAAAGAAAAUGAAGAACUGAAGAAACGGAUUAGGAGGCUAAGCAGUACCAUUCAGAGCAAAGCUGAUGAACAAAAUCUGAUUGAUGCACUUCAGAAAAAAAUUACAAAGUUGGAAAGUGAACUUGAGAAGAAGUGUGAAGAAACAGAAAAAAAAGGUGUAAGAGAAGACAAGACCUCCAAGGAGGAAAUAAUUAGAUGGGAAGAAGGUAAAAAAUGGCAAAUCAGACUGGAAGGAUUGCGGAACAAACUAAGGGAAAAGGAAAAAGAAGCAGAUGCUUUAGCCAAACAGUUGAAUACAUUGAAGGAAAUUUAUACCAAGACUGAGAAAGACAAAAUUGCUCUACAGAAGAAACUGAAAAUUACUGGUGUCACUGUUGACCGUGUUGUUGGAGUAAGAGCCUCAGAGACUGAAAAAGAACUGGAAGAACUAAGAAAACGCAACCUAGAUUUAGAAAAUGAAAUUGCUCACAUGAGAACACAACAAGCAAUCCCACGAGAUUCUGUUGUAGAAGAAUUACAUUUCAAAAAUCAAUACCUCCAGGAAAAGCUUCAUGCAUUACAGAGACAGCGUUCAAGAGAGACAUAUUCUAGACCCUCGAGUACAUGUGACCAAACUGAACUAACCAAGUCUGUUCCUAUCGGUAUUGGUAAACAAAAGUAUUUGAAUUCCCUUCAAAAGAAACCUAUUUCAAAUAGAGAUGAAAUCAAACAUCAGACUAAUCACAGCAUUACUGAUGGCAAUGAAAUAGAUGAGGAAGCAGACAAGCAAACAUGCAUCAUGCAUGAUGAAGGCCGUGAGGCUACUGCAGAUGCAAGCACGGAAGUGUCUCCUGGACAGAAUCCUGAAGAUAGUGAGAAAUGCAAGGACACAGAUAUUGCUAGGGAUGGAUUGAAAAACAAAAAUAUAACUGAAGCUGAUGAGGAGAACUGCAUUGAAAAAGAAAAUAUAACCCAGCCUGAAAAUGGAAAACUUCAUGAGGAAUUUGAAGAGGAGAGGAAGCAAGAAAUACUCAAGCAAUCAAAUGUUGAUGAAAGUGUAGAAGAGCCUUAUAGUGACAGAAUGAGCUGCAAUCAGUCUGAUCCAGGGGAACCUUCUAAUCAAGCUGAUGACUAUGAAGCAGAAAAAAUAAAUGUGAAUAAUGAAAUGAAUCAACACACUGCAGAGGACAAACAUCAGACUUACCAAAGUGAUACAGAGGGGGUUGAAACAACCCCAGAAUUUUGUGAAAUGCCUAAGACAUCAGGAAUAGGAUCAGAUGAUCAAUAUCGAAGAGAACAAGAGGCUUUAAAGGAAAAUUUAAGAUUGUCAACUGAAAACAUUGAGCUAAGAUUCCAGCUAGAGCAGGCCAAUAAAGAUUUGCCAAGACUAAAGGACCAAGUAGGUGACUUAAAAGAAAUGUGUGAACUUCUCAAAAAAGAGAAAGCAGAUGUUGAACGAAAGCUGGGCAGCAUUAGAGGG